CGAAAUUAGCGGCGUAGCAGUCGCGGCCACUAGCCCCUUAUAUAAUGUUAGUCUCAAUUUUGCCACAAAGAGCAGAGAACGGCACUCUGUCAACCUGAUUAAAGAAAUUUUAAAUUGCUUUUUUUCUUUUUUUUGAGAAAAUUUCUGCCAUGAAGUUUGUUAGCUGAUCAUUAAUCAUAACCCUUCCGUAGAUUUCGUUGGCUCACGUCAGGGCGAUGCAGAACUCUCACGGUACAAGCAUUCCUAACACUCCACCCGCUUUUGAGGACGCAUUAGUUGAACCUAGCGUGCCUCCACCUUGUUUUUCGGAUGCGACUAGAGGAUUGCAACCACAGCCGUCAGAGGGACUGGCACGUGUUGGCUGGGCCCAGCAGCCCGGCUCUAAUAUGGGCACAGAAACAAAAAAUAUGCCUGCUCACCCUCUCAUUCCGGAUUUGACAAUAGUAACACCAAACGAGCCACCAGGUGGAAAGUCCCAUAUAGGCUGGGUCAUGCCUAGUUUGGACGAGAGCGCAGCAUCUCCAAAAGCAACUUCUUCUCCCUCAUCAAGCAAUAUUACGUCCCAGAUAAACCUGACACGACCACCUGAAGACCAACCAGCAUCUAAUGACGAAAACUCCAAUAAGUCAUCUAGUAAUUAUGCAGCCAGCUGUUUCCUGUUUUUAAUUAUUUUGGCAAAUCUUAUUUGUAUGAUUUCCAUGCCGACGAUCGGCAUCCUAUACAUCCGGGACUGCCGUAUCAGCCCCGCCUUGCCAGCAUUCCUGAUUAUCGGAGGUGCCUUAAUCAUUCUUAUUAACGUCAGCUACUGGUGGUCAUUGGGCAAGGUGCGGACUGAAGCGGGCGUUGAGUGGGCUCACGAGAUUAACGCAAAGUUGAUACUCGUGUUUCUCGGCUGGUUGGCACUCAGCUCGUUUUGGGUUUACAAAAAUUUUGAGCCCAGCCCUUUCCCAGAGGACAAAGCAUACUGCAAUCCAGUGCUGUACUAUUUUUACUUCUGGCUGAUCAAUGCUAUGCAUUUGCUCCUGUUUCCAAUGUGUUGUUGUUGGUAUUGUUGCCAAAGAUGAUAUUAUAUAUAUGUCGUUAGUGUGGGGACCAAUAAAUCAAAUAAAAUUUUAGGAGAUACUUAAAAUUUUUUGUGAGGAUAAUCAGAAUUCGUUUUAAAUCUAUCACGAUAUAGAGCGAACUGUUACCAGGUAUUAUGCGUUUGCUUUCUGUAGGGUAUAAUUGCUCUAUUUUUACCUGACAAUCAUUUUUAACCAAAGAAUCUGUAUUUCUAAUACAUAAGCUAUAUAUAUGCCCUCCUAUAAUGACUCUAUUUUCCAAUAAAGGGCACAUGUCCAGAUGUCCUCCG